AUGUCUCAAGAAGAUAUUAACACUACUGGUACCACACCAGCAAAUGGUUCUAUCUUAGAAAAAGAAAAAAACAACGAAGAACAGCUAGUCGAUGUUUUGCCAAACAAGGGCUUUAAGGAUUACAUUUCCAUUUCUGUCUUUUGUUUGUUCGUUGCCUUUGGUGGUUUCGUUUUCGGUUUCGAUACCGGUACCAUUUCCGGUUUUGUUAACAUGCCCGACUUCAAGAGAAGAUUCGGUCAAAAAAGAAAGGAUGGCUCGCACUACUUGUCUAAUGUUAGAACCGGUUUGGUGGUCUCUAUUUUCAACGUCGGUUGCGCUGUCGGUGGUAUUAUUCUUUCCAAAAUCGCUGAUAUGCAAGGUAGAAGAAUGGCUUUGAUGGUUUCCAUGGUCAUUUACGUCGUCGGUAUUAUCAUUCAAAUUGCAUCUCAACACGCCUGGUACCAGUACUUUAUUGGUCGUCUUAUUUCCGGUCUCGCUGUCGGUAUGGUUUCCGUUGUCUCUCCACUUUUCAUUUCUGAAGUCUCUCCAAAACAAAUUAGAGGUACUUUGGUCUGCUGCUUCCAGUUGUUUAUCACCAUGGGUAUUUUCUUGGGUUACUGUACCACUUACGGUACUAAGAAAUACUCCGACUCCAGACAAUGGAGAAUUCCAUUGGGUUUGUGUUUCGCAUGGGCCAUUUUCUUGGUUGUCGGUAUGUUGAGUAUGCCAGAAUCUCCAAGAUACUUGAUGGAAAAGAAGAAGAUCGACGAGGCCAAGAAGUCCAUUGCCAGAUCUAACAAGAUUUCCGAAGAAGAUCCAUUUGUCCACACCGAAAUCCAACUUAUUCAAGCUGGUAUUGACAGAGAAGCUUUGGCUGGUAAGGCCUCUUGGAAGGAAUUGGUCACUGGUAAGCCAAAGAUCUUCAGAAGAGUCAUUAUGGGUAUUAUGCUUCAAUCCUUGCAACAAUUGACUGGUGACAACUAUUUCUUCUACUAUGGUACCACCAUUUUCCAAGCUGUUGGUAUGAACGAUUCCUUUGAAACUUCCAUUGUGUUGGGUAUUGUUAACUUUGCAUCCACAUUCGCUGGUAUCUACGCCAUUGAGAAGCUUGGUAGAAGAAUGUGUCUUUUGACUGGAUCUGCCUCUAUGUUUGUCUGUUUCAUCAUUUACUCGCUUCUUGGUUCCCAACAUUUGUACAAGCAUGGUACUAGCAAUGUUUCAUCCAACACAAGAAAGCCAACUGGUGAUGCUAUGAUUUUCAUUACCUGUCUUUACAUUUUCUUCUUUGCUUCGACCUGGGCUGGUGGUGUCUACUGUAUCAUUUCCGAAUCUUACCCAUUGAGAAUCAGAUCCAAGGCUAUGUCUGUUGCCCAAGCCGCUAACUGGAUGUGGGGUUUCUUGAUUUCCUUCUUCACUCCAUUCAUCACAUCCGCCAUUCACUUCUACUACGGUUUUGUCUUUACCGGCUGUCUUUUGUUCUCCUUCUUCUACGUCUACUUCUUUGUCUACGAGACCAAGGGUCUUUCAUUGGAGGAAGUCGAUGAGUUGUAUGCUUCUGACACUCUUCCAUGGAAGUCUGCCGGAUGGGUUCCACCAUCUCUUGAACACAUGGCUCAUGCUACCAGAUAUGCUGGUGAGGAAAAGCCUGAAGACGAACAAGUUUAG